CACCGCAAACGCCGUGUAAAUUGCGUUUUCGUUAACGCGCCCGUGAUUUUUCCGGAGGAGAAAAAAAAGCGCGCGCGUCGCAUUAAUCGUAUGUCGCAGCAGACCGUUUUUUCCGCUAACGUGUGUGCCAAACAGUUAGUGUUAAAGAAAAAAAAAACAAUUAACGUUCGAAAAACAAAUUAAUAUCGGGAUUAACGAUGUAACAUUAAGCACAGUGGGAAAAGAAACGCGAAAGAUGGAAAAGUGAAUUGCGCGGAUGUUAUAGAAGUUUAAUAUAGAGUCAAUUCCACUUGAUGGUAACCAAUCAGACGACAUAGAUCUGUGUGCUUCUCUCCCCCGAUCUCUCUCUUGCGGUGCGGCAGAGAUAUUCAAUUGAAAUAGCUGCGUUCUGCCGCGCGCCGCAUCUUCGCGUUAAUAUACGCGUCGCAGUGCUAUCGUUCGCGCGUCUGUGUGACAUGCCAGUUACUAUUAUCACUUACUGUCAAUAAAUGUGUUAAAUGAUCUUUUAAUGAUAAAUAUAAACAAUAAUAUUCGACGAAAAAAUGGUCCAAUAAUUUAAAUUAAGCAAGUGAUGUUGAAAGUACGACUAUUUUUUACGUCCCGUGGUUUUAAUUAGAAUUUGAAAUUGUAAUUAUUUUUUAAAAAUUUAUUUAAUGAAUUUAUUUUAUGAAUUGGCUUAAUUUAUCACGGAACGAGAGAGGCUGUUUCAGACGUGACUUUUCACAAGAGUAAAACUACGUGCAUCGACAUGAACAGCAAGAGUGCAUUACUGGUGCAACGUUGGAUGCUCCAACCGCGCGUGUUGCUCGUUCUCAUUUUGCUGCAAUUUAUCAUUCAGUUUUUCACGUCCGUCUAUCUGUACAAGUACGUCACGAACGUGGAGAGCGAUCUUCGUGUGAUAAAAAGUCAGCAACCACCCGUGGCAAUUCCGCGACGAAGACGCAGCAGCUCAUUGCCGACUGCCGAGGACAAUACCGUUUCUGAUCUAUCCAGUAGAAUCCGAGAAGAUAAAGAGAUACAGGGUACAAAGAAAGUAACCGCCUCCCCCAUCAUGGUGUCCGGCUCCGCAUCCUCGCCAACAGCGACCGGAGAUCCGGACUGGGUCUGGUUGAACGCUGACACACGAAUACAAUUCGAUGCAAUCGAGAAUUUUUGCCGCUCGUACGCGAAGUACUGUCCUCCUGGUCUGCCUGGUGCGCCCGGAAACCCGGGUCCACCCGGCGAGCCGGGUCUGCCGGGUAUUCAGGGAAUAGUGGGACCGAAAGGCCCACCCGGACAACCCGGACACUCUGGUGCCCGAGGGCAAAAGGGUGACAUCGGUCCGCCAGGCUUUGACGGCAGAGACGGUAUACCGGGUGAGCCCGGUUUGGACGGCAUUCCCGGUAGAAGCGGCCUGGACGGCGUACCCGGCACCAACGGCAAGCCCGGUAUAAACGGCUCGCCUGGACUGUCUGGAAGAAAUGGAACAGACGGAAGACCUGGACAAAUGGGGCCUCAAGGACCGCCCGGGCCUCGCGGAGAUUUAGGUCCACCCGGCCGACCCGGCGUGCCGGGAAAGGAUGGUAGGCCAGGUGUACAGGCUUGGAAGAUGAACAUCAACAAUGAAUACAACACUCACGAUAUAUUAAUACCGCCAUCCAUUCUGGAGAUCACGAACGACAUCACACCGUCAAACACGAGCGACGUGUUCUACGUGCAAGAAGGCAGCAGUAUACGGCUGAGAUGCGCCUCGAGUGGAAAGCCGCAACCCAUUAUACAAUGGACGAAAAUAGACGGUUCCAUGAUACCCAUGGGCGCCUGGCAUGUGAGUGCUAUCACGAGCCAUACGUUCAACGUUAGCGUGGUGAAUCGGGAACAUAUGGGGGAAUACGCGUGCAAUGCCGACAACGGCAUACCGCCAGCAAGAUCCAAAAGAUUCAAGCUUCACGUUAGAUUCCCGCCGUUUAUUCGCAUACGCAACAAAGUGGUUCUCGUGCGAAACCAAAAUCCGGCGACAUUGGAAUGCGAGGUGGAAGCCUUCCCCGAGCCGAUGGUACACUGGGAACGCGGCGACGGUCGUCGUUUAAAACUGUCGGAUAAGUACAGAACGGAAGUUUACGACAAACAUGAUAAUUACAAGAUGAAGAUGAAGCUGAGAAUCACGAGGGUGACUUCGUCCGAUCACGGAACUUACCACUGCGUGGCGAAAAACGACCUCGACGUUACCAAGGGAACCUUCAUAGUCGAUGACGAUAUGAAAGAUGUAGAGAAACUAAAGUUAGGGAAGGACCUGCACGUUACUUUCGGCCAUCCCAUGCCGCCGAGCGUCGAUCAGGAGCAAGAAUUAUGCAUCCCGCAAGAAGCUUGCGCGACAUGCCCGAAGUGUACGUACACGGACUUCAUGGACCACGUUCACGUUCAACCAUUGGACGGUAUUAACGCCACGCGGUUGCCGACGCCGUUAGCCGAGGGUCUGAUAGAAGCUGUGGGAAAACCGGUGCUGAAAGGAAGCAUGGACGACUAUUACGGAAGUUGGAUGCACGACGCGUUCACCCGCCACGAUACCGUGUCAUUCGGUCACGAUAAACUCUGGGUCACUCGCAACAACGAUACAUAUUAUAUCUACGAGUACAAAUCGAAGGAGCACUUCAAGAACGAGAGCGCUCACAAAAUAAAACUGAUCUAUCCUUUUCAGGGUAACGCACACGUAGUCUAUAACAGGUCGUUUUUUUACAACCCCCACAAUCGAUCGACGGUUUUGCGAUUCGAUUUCCACUCAUCCUCGGAGCACAGAUGCAACCGCCACUUCCCCGAGUGCGAGAUGCAGCUUCCGGGCUUGCAGGUCAACAAUAAAAACUUCCUCUACACGCAUAAUUUCACUUAUGUGGAUUUCAACGUGGACGAAAACGGUAUGUGGGUCAUUUACGGAUUACCGUCAAAUAAUACAAUAGUGGUGAAAAUGGACCCAACAAAAAUGAGCAUUCAAUACGCUUGGAACAUCAGUAUCGAUCAUCAUCGAUUUGGAGAGAUGUUUAUUGCCGGUGGCGUGCUUUACGCUAUACACAGCGUCAGCGAGGAAACUAUGAAAAUACGGUUUGCCUACGAUCUCUACAGAAAUUCGACAGUAAACGUACAUUUGUCAUUCACGAAUCCAUAUCACAGGACCACGGCGGUCAGUUAUAAUCAUAAAACCAAGGAGCUCUACACGUGGAACAAAGGCAAUCAAUUAGCCUACCCCGUGAAAUAUCGCGACGAGCUGGUAGGAGGUAAUUGAGAGGGAGCUGUCUUCGAUAUGCGUGUAUACGCGCGCCGUGAAAACGAGUGUUAUUAAUCACCGUGGGAGCGUUAAUUAAGCAAAUUUAACGUGUAACAAGUCCUUUUUUCAAUACCAUUUACAACCCCCUUGAGCGUCUUUAUCUUGUAUACGUGUCGCAGAUGAUAUAAUUAAACGAAAUUAAUCAAUAUAUGUGUUGUUUAUUUAUCAAUCAAUUCAGAAUGCGCAGACAUUGAUGAGAGAGCACUGAAAUGUAUAC